GAUGCUUUAUGGCUUUGAAGGAAAAUACAUUUGGAAUGUUUCCAUAAACAUGGUGACGUUUCACACCAAGACUCCUCUAACUGUAGGUGGCGGACAUGCGCUGGUAUGGGGCAGUGUGAACACCAUGGGCUAAAGUCCCACGCCCGGUGUGAACGUGGCGUUAGAAGGCUCAAAGCACUGUACAGUCACAACCUAUAAACACCAGGAGCACUAUGGGGCUCAGCGUCCUGCCUAAAGUCACUUCAACACUUGAGUGGGAAGCUCGGGUAUCGAACCAAUCAGAGGUUGACCGCUGCCCCACAGCCUCACAAAGGCUUUUAUAGUUUAACUCAUCAGACACUGAACUUGAUAUCUUCCAAAAAUGGUUUGACACAGAAAUAUUCCGUCUCUUCAGGCGGCUUCAUGUUCAAGCAGUGGAAGGAGAAGUACCUGGUGCUGACAGUAGAGGGCAGCCUGCUGGUGUGUCGGGACGCAGAGUCCCCUCCAGACCAGGUGGUGUCGCUACAAACCUGCUGUGAGUCGGUGGCCGAGGGCCGAGAGAUCCUGGACCUGCCCAGGCUGCCCCCAGGGGGCAGGAGAGACUGCUGCUUCGCCCUCAUCCUGCCCCAGAACAAGUUCCUGCUGCUGCUGUCAGACAGCCCUGACGACUGCAGUCUUUGGCUGCGACUCAUCAGGAAGGUCAGAGAGGGCGUCAUGUCGCCCCAAACCCUGCAAAGACAGCGCAGCAUCACUCCCUGCAUCACAGACAGAGACCCGCUGCCCGACUCGGCCAGCGAUAAGGACCCCGGCUCGCCCCGGGUGGGCGAGGGCACCCCGCCUUUGACCCGGGUCACCGAGAGGGGAGGCUCGUUCAGAGACAGAAGCCAAAUCCAAGCCGCCGGCGGGGGGAGGCGGCCGCUGCGCAGUGUUUCCGUGGCUCCGCCUCAUCGCGUCUCGGAUUGUCUUCGCCAUGGUAACAGCACCGACGCUCGGGCCGUGAGGGCGGUGUGUCUGCUGAUGGGAGGGGCGGCGGCCUCGUCGGCGCUGGGAUACAUCAGCUCCUGCGGCCCCUCCUCGCCCCUCGCCACCAGAGGGCCGGAGGUCGCCCAUGGCCCGGGAGGCUUCUCUGAGCUCUCCACCGGGGGCUCCUUCCACGCCUGCAGCCAGGACGUGGACUCCCCCCACUUCAACAGCUUUGAUUUUGAAGGAGACUCUGACUUUGAUGCAUUUGACUGUGGAGGAUUCGCCUUUUAGUCAAACUGAAGGAGAAACGAUCACUCUGAGGGUCACACGUUUCUCUGCAUCUUGAUCAAUAAUUGUUAUGUAUAGAUCAGACUUCAAUGAGGAUCUCCAUACUGGCUCCUGCUUCACUUUUAUUACCUUUAAACUUUGCACGUUUCAGGUUUAAAGACCCACUCCUAUGAAAAUCAAGCUUUUGGUGUUUUUAACAUGUUCCUGUAGCAUUUCUCUCUUGAUAGAGGACAUAUA